AUGCACCCUGCAGCAGAGAAGGGCGUGGAAGAACGGCGUUGGUGGAGACUGUCUUGGCGUUGUAGGUGCAGAGCAGGAGAUUAUCUCUAUGGUGAGUCGUUGACGUCCUUUUGGUCCGAAGUCCAUCCUGUGCAACCUGACACUGAUCUUGACAAAAUCCGACGCAAAAGAUCAGCCUCGCCAGGGCCUCUCAAACUUUCACCGCAGACUAUCGCUGACCGUGGAUCUGGGAACCACCUAGCGUCUAAAGCCAGAGUUUGGCCUACUCUUAUGGGCAUCCAGGGAGCCGAAAACGUCGAACUCCUUCUCAGCUUGGGAGAACCUGCUAGAGGAUAA